AAUGGCACUCCGCCCGUUGGCAAGUCACAGUAUUAUUUGUUAUUACUACGCUUCUGCUCAACAAAUCAACAAUGUUAGAGCAUUCGUUAAAAGUUUCUCAAAAUUUAAAGCGCUUUUAGAAACAUUGAAAAAAAACACGAAAAUUCACAAAAAAUACAGACAAAAAUUGAGGUUCUAGCUGAAACGCAUUUGGCAUUAAAAUUUGAAAUGUUUUCGAACUUUACGGAGCUGUCGAAGGCGAUGGAGAAGAGCGGCGAACGCAGUGGGAAGUUCUGCCAGUAUGUGUGCCCGCCCGUUCGACUGGGCUCGUAUCCUCCGGUGGCGGCCAGGCGGCCCCCCUUGGAGGCGCUCAGCGGGGAGAGACGACGACAGACGAACAUGCAGCGAAAGGCAAGGAAGCAAUUGGCUGGAGCAGCAGCAGCAGCCGCCGCACGUCGUCCAGGUGGAGUAGCUCCAGGUGCAAAUUCUGCUCCUGCUCCAUCCGUUCGGCGUAGAAAAUUGCAGCAUCCGGUGGUCGAAUGGAUUAUGAGUCCGUGCCAGAACUUUGAGCAGGACAGCGACUCGGACUCGGCAGAGCACAAAGUGCGGCAGUCGAGCAGUCGCUCGCUCUCUGCCGUUGUCUCUCGCCGCCAGCUGGAGUCGCGCACCUACAUCGUGCCCAGCCAGCGGAUCAUGGAGGUUGCGGCACUCAAGAAGGCCCAGGUAUGGCCAUUGCUGGCGAAGAAGGAACGCCUCGAGCAGCAGACCAUGGUCAGGGAAACGCAGGUGGAAACGCAGCCGCUGGGCGAGACUUCAAUCGAAUCGGAAGUGCUGGUGGAACCCGAACUGGAACUGACUGUUGGCCAGACACACAGCAGCUGGAGCAGCACCAGCCAGCCCCAAGAAACAGAAGAGCAGGAGGCCAGAGCAUGGUCCAAGGUACGCCUUAUUGCGGGCAGCUCCAAGGCCAUUAAGCUAACAUCGACGGUGAUCAAGAUUAUACCCAAUGCCCCACCACCGAUUGCAACCGAGUCCAAGCAGCAGACAGAUGCAAAGGCCCGGGCUGGCUCCAGGAAGCAACAAAGAGCCAACGCUGAUCCCUUCGAGGAGCCAACCAGUGUGCUGUUGAUGGUCUCGGAACCACCCAAGCCGCCACCCGUGGUGCAGCGUCUGUCGAGGAGUUGUCCCCCAAAGAGCACACAAAAGAUGCCUGGACCCAGGCCUAAGCUGAACCAAGUCAGCAUGGCCAGGCCUCAAUCUCAAUCGCAGUCUGCGGCACCAGCAGCGACUGUUCCUCCUUCGACGAACUCGAAAAUAGUGCGCAAGGCACAGCACAAGGUGCCGCGCACUGCCGAGGAUGGCAUCGACAUGAGCUAUCAGUAUUUUGUGUCCAUUCCGUUGAAGCGGGGCAAGAAGCCGCAGGCCGUGCGCUAUUUGCACCAGUCGCUUGUGAAGAGUCUCAAUCCCACCGUUCGGCACUCGUGCGGCCAGCGAAUCAAGAAAAAGAAGGCGCAGCAGUGCGAGAAGGAAGAGCAGAUGGACGAGAACCCACUGAAAGCAGCCGAGGCAGAGGCAGAGCCACAGCCAGAGUUAGGUCCAGAGGAAGAGCUCGAGGCGAAGCCAUUCCAGGAGCCGACACUCAAAUUGGAUCGCAAGUACAUGCCCAUGCUGCAGCUGCUCACACAAAUGCCAUAUCCGACGCAGACCGAGACCGAGCCGCAGCCCAAGUCCAAGGAACUGCAAACCCUGGAGUCAAAGAAAGAUCUUCAAGAGACGACAAAAGAUCCUCAAGAGUCAUCAGGCGAUCAGCAAGUGGCAAAAUCAAAUCGUCAACUGGCUAGAACCGAUCGUCAAGUGCCAGGAGCAAAGCCCCAGAAGCGCAGGACAUCGAUGCGACUUCUUCCGCCCAAGCGUUCGGUUCUGGUCGACUAUAAGCCGGAGGCAACGCGUCUGGAAUCCAUCGCCGGUGCCCAGAUCUCCUAUCAUACUCCGGUCCGCUUCAUGCGGCGACUGGCGGGCGGAGAGGCACACAAGCGCCGCACUUCUCCGGUUGAAGCUCAGCGGCAGCAGAAGGAGCACACGGAGCAGCCGAUGGACAGGGUGGAGAGGGUGCAGAAAUCCGUCAGCUUUCAAUUGUCGGAGACCAAGAGCAGCAGCAGCAGCAUCCCACUGACGGGCAGCGCAGAGCUUAAGAUCGAUGUGCCAGAGCCAGAGCCUGUGCCAGUGCCAGCCCCAGUCCGUGGGCAGAGCAAAUCCCCGAAGAAGCUGUCCAGCAGCAAGAAGCAAACCAAGAGCACAAAUAAAAUGAAGAAGUUCUCCACCAAAUAAAGGAUUCCGCCACUCAGUUUUCCCAUUCGAUUUGUACUUUUCAAAGCGAUUAAAUAGUUCAGUUUCUGGGCCACAA